AUGCUUGAGUCCCCCUUUUAUCAAAGCUUUCUUCCCUUCCUCCUCGUCCUCCUCUAUGUUCGUGUAUUUGCUCACUUUCCACCAAAUUGCAGCAUUGUUAUACAGGAAAACUUAGCCAGGGGUCAACUUAUCGCGCUGCCAUACGUCAACACCCUAGUUGGAAAUAUCCAGCAGUUUAACCUACAAGUGACAAAUACGAAUCCCUACUUUAAUGUCAUUUCUGAGUCCUCAGGAGUACAAAUGGCUACAAAUGGACAUCAACAUCAAAAUCCCUGGCGCAUUUGGUAUCCCAAAGACCCCUCCCCAAUUGCUUCACCAUGGUACCUAGUGACUCUGCAGGGGAUUGACAGAGAACGUCUGUGCCAAACAGAGCCUGGGUGCGACUGUCACCUGGGCAACAGUCACCCAAAUCGCCUAGGCACGGGUCCAGAUUGCGCUCUGCCACUUCAAUUAGUGGCUAUUCCCCCAAAGAAGGUCGGACUCCCCUCCGUGAUCGACUUGACUAUCUGUAUAGCUGAUGAAAAUGACAAUCCACCCACCUUUCGAUCCCCUACCUCUGCUCCUCAUUUUGGAACCUCACCCACUGUGAGUAUUCACUUCAAAGAGGAUGCGCAAGUAGGGGAAUCGAUACGCCUUCCCACUGGUUAUGAUUCCGAUGCUUAUCCAGAACACACUGUAAACUCCUAUAGUCUCAAUUGUCCGGAAACGGACGUCCCGUUCAGUCUGAUCUACGAUAUAGGGACUCCAGAGCGGCUAGAUCUUCGAGUUGAUAAACAUCUCAAGUUUGCCGGACAAUGGCCCCUGCAUUGCACCGUGACAGCCUUUGAUGGGAAACACAGUGGAAGCAUGCAACUGAAAAUCCACUUGGAUGAUGUAAACGACCACAAACCUGUGUGGAAACCACCAAGCAUUCUCAGCCCUGCUAUUACUCUAAUAAACGAAACAGCAGAUGAAUGGGCUUUAGAGAUUCCUGAGUCUGUUCGACCAUUUACGCCUCUCCUCCAAGUCAAGGCUAGCGAUGAGGACCCAGUAUAUGGUAGGCUUACUUACUCCAUAGAAGGAGAGAAGAAAGGAGGGUUACUAUUUGACAUUGACUCAAGAACUGGAGAAGUGCGACUAGUGAGUGAGCAGGACUUUGAGACAGCUAGAAAUCGAGCUAUGACUGUGCCCCUCUUGGUCUCAGACAAUGGAGGCCUAUCUACACCGGGAAAGCUCAUUUUCUACCUCAAAGACGUCAAUGAUAAUCGUCCUCUGAUACGCUUUUCUGGGGGUGAAAAACAAGCCGAGGUGGUGGAAAAUAGUCAGUCCGAUGUCUACAUUGACUGCAUAUCAGUCAGCGAUGCAGAUUCAGGAGCGUAUGGUCAAGUAGAGUGCUACCUCAAACCAGGCAUAAUUUCGGACCACUUCCAAUUGACACGCCUUGGUGACAAUCUGUGGGCCUUUCAGGCGGUGAAGCCGAUUGAUAGAGAGGCACUGGCGUCCAACAUUGCCACUACCACUAUCACUACCUCCACCCAAAAUAAUCGGUUCUACGCCCGUGGCACUCGAGUUGGAGUAACUGUGGUGUGUAACGACAAUCCAGUUGCGCCUAAGGAGUACCAGUUUUCUGCAGAAGCCACUGUCCAAGUCACAAUAAUGGAUGAAAACGAUAAUCCACCGCAUUUUGUUGGACUUGGAAGAAGCAGUGCGAACGCGGAUCCAAUCAUCGACGUAGCGGUUUCUGAAGGUCUCCCGCCUGGAACCCCUGUAAUUCGCAUUGCAGCUGAAGAUCCAGAUGUGGGGGACACUCUCACCUAUGCUCUUUUCCCAUUUGGUAACAAGAAAUUGGCGAUUGAUCCUCUUUCUGGAUUAAUAACGACUCAGAGUGUAUUUGAUCGCGAAGAUAUGCCAAUUCUUACUGGUUUUAAGGUGUUUGUCUUUGAUGGCGGAGCUGCAAACCAUUCCAUUUCUGCAGAUAUGAGGGUAACCAUUCUUGAUCAAAAUGACAAUAGUCCCGUCUUUCACUCACAGACUGUCUUAACCGUUCCCGAAGAUAAACCCAUCGAUAGCCUUCUCCAUGUCAUCAACGUGACUGACGCAGACGCGGGAGAGAACGGCACAGUAACAAUAUUCUUCACUCAACAUCAGCGAUCUCCAAAUCCUUUCACUCUCCACCCAGAUGGUCGUUUAUUCUUGACCCGGCCACUGGACAGAGAGCGUCAUGAGCACUAUGAGCUGACUAUAAUUGCUGCGGACAAAGGAAUCCCUGCUCUAAGUUCAACGCUAACUUUUGUGGUUCAGGUGGAGGAUGUCAAUGAUUCACCUCCACGAUUUGAACUAGCGGUAGGAAGCUUUCUCAAAACGGUGCCUUGUACACAGUCCUACGUUGCAUUGGACAUGGCGGCAACGGACGCGGACAGUCUACCCAAGAAUACGGUAAUAAACUAUCGUAUUUUGAACGUAAAAGGACCCCUUGGAGAUUCAUCGGGGCAAAAAGGUAACGCAGAGAAGGAUAACUCAAUAUUCUACAUUGAGCCUGACACCGGCGCACUUCUAUUCCACGGUCAAAACAGUGAAAUGUCCACUUCAGUUGAUCCUUGUGAUCGAACCGGGGUGUACCGUCUCACUGUCAUGGCCUUUGAUCCUCAUCGACCAGAGUUAAAUAGCAACGCAACAGUAACUCUCCACAUUACUCGACCUCAUGUGAUGGAAGACGUGCCCACAGUUGAAACUGCUAUCACAGAAGCCGGAAACGCUUCUAUAGGGCUAUCAAACUUUAAUUCCCACUCCCUUGACCCACCUGCGGCUAAUCGGUACGUCCAUGGAGUAGCAGAAGCAGGUGGAGGAGGAGGAGAAAGCGGUGUUCGUUACGCUGGCGUUGGUAGUAGCAAUGGAGGUACAGAAGAGGACACUGCAUCAGUUCGUUCCAACCGUAUGACAUUCCUCGGAAUCCUUCUACUCAUUACCGUCUUUAUUGGACUCACUCUCCUCCUCAUUCUCCUUAUCUACUUCAUCAAAAAACGCAUCGCCGUGGAUGAAGGUGCCACUGUGGUCGGUUCGGGAGGAACAAGAGGAGAGGUACAUGCCCUUCCACCUACCCAGUAUCUCCCAGGGAUAACCUUGAAAAAGGAGGACUUUCUGGCGGAUACGUAUUCGCCUCCCACCACCGUCUACGGAACUGCAAGGAGUACACGCAAUGCGGAGCCCAUAGAAAGUAAGUCGGUGGUUACCUAUCGUUUAUUUCCAGUUAAUCUGAACAUGUUAGAGUUCAUGCAUCUAAGUAUGCAUGCUGACCAAUUUAUUUCAAUCAAUAGGUCAGAUCAUCAGCAAAGCAGAAUAGAAGAACGUCACAAGCUGGUCCUCAUCACUGUUAAAAGACCUUGUAGUUGA